AUGAUGCUGGAAGAGGGAACUUAUACACAGCAAAAAACAAUAGAAAUUCGAAGCGGCUUAUGGAACUGCAUCAAGGAAUGUUCAGAAAGAGGUUUGGUUUACAGUGUACGAUGGGCCGCUGAAAUGCUUGCCGGUUUAAAAUCCGCAAAUACCCUUGAUGCUCCUUUUUCUUCUACUCCUACCGCCGAGCUUGAGGAAGAUACAGCUACGACAAAUGAACGCAUCUUGGAAUUCAAGGAAGACACUACUUAUAUACUGGCCAAAGCGUACUUUGACUGUAAAGAGUUCGAAAGAACUGCUUACACACUUCAAAACUGCAAAUCUUCAAAAUCGCUCUUUUUGCAACUCUAUAGUAAAUAUUUAGCAGGAGAAAAAAAGAUAGAGGAGGAAGCAGAUACUGUUACUGCCUCUAUUUAUCCAGCUUCUUCUUCAAGCCGUGAGCUCUAUUCCAUAUCGGAAACCUUGGAUAGUGUACUAAAACAAGGGAAUCAGGACCCAUAUCUUUUAUACCUCAGUGGCGUUGUUAAUAGGAGAAGGAAGCAGUACCCAAAGGCUAUUGAUUUUCUUCUUGCUUGCAUCCGUAAAACUCCCUACUUUUGGUCAGCAUGGCAAGAACUCUCAUUAUGCUUGGAUAGCCCAGAGGUUUUGGCCAGUGUCAUUCGUCGUCUUUCAAAAGACCAUGUAAUGACUAAAGUAUUUAUUAUUUAUGCAUCUCAUGAGCUUCACCAAAUCAACGGUUCUGUCUACGAAAGGCUGGCCGAAGUAGAUUCCUUUUUUCCCUCAAGCCGCCAUUUAAAAACACAGCGUGCUUUAUUAGCUUACGACACAAGAGACUUUGAUGAUGCCGAAGAAUUGUUUGAAGAUAUCUUGAAAAGCGAUCCUUAUCGUUUAGACGAUAUGGAUACUUAUUCCAAUGUUCUUUUUGUAUUGGAAAGAAAAUCAAAACUAGGAUUCUUGGCUCAAGUAGCUUCAACUAUAGACAAAUUUCGCCCAGAGACCUGUUCAAUCAUCGGAAAUUAUUACAGUUUAUUAUCAGAACAUGAAAAGGCAGUUACGUAUUUUAAGAGAGCAAUACGAUUAAAUCGAAACUACUUGGCUGCUUGGACUCUUAUGGGACAUGAAUAUGUUGAACUCAAAAACACACAUGCUGCUAUAGAAUCUUAUCGCUUAGCUGUCGACGUCAACAGAAAAGACUACAGGGCAUGGUACGGUCUGGGUCAAACGUACGAAGUUUUAGAUAUGCAUUUUUACGCUCUUUACUAUUUCCAACGCGCUACCGCUCUUCGCCCUUAUGACCAGAGGAUGUGGCAGGCGUUGGGGAACUGUUACGAAAAAAUUCAACGGCCGCAAGAAGCCAUCAAAGCUUAUAAAAGAGCUUUACUGGGAUCUCCUAUAAACAGUUCAAUUUUGAUGCGUUUAGGUAAUCUUUACGAAGAAUUACAUGACUUGGAUACUGCUUCCGCAAUGUAUAAAGAAUGUAUCCGAAGUGAAGAAGAAGGUGAUAUGACGCCGGAAACCAUUAAAGCGAGAAUGUGGCUGGCAAAGAGAGAACUUAAUCGGAAAAAUUUUAGACAAGCAGAAAUGUAUGUCAGUGAGAUUUUGAAUGGUGAUUUGGAACUUGAAGAGGCAAAAGCUUUGAUGCGAGAGUUAAGAAGCCGAAUGGAGCAUACUCCUAAUUAA